AUGCCCCGUCGCAAGGCCUCUGAGCGCAGCCUGCCGCACAAGUCGCGCUCCCGCAACGGCUGCCUCACGUGUCGCAAGCGGAAGAUCAGGUGCGACGAAGGCAAGCCCGUCUGCUCCAACUGCCGCGACAAGGCCCUGCAGUGCCUCCGAGGCGUCACCCUGAAAUGGGAGCAGGAGUACGCGUCUCGCGGCCUAGCCUUUGGCCGCAGUGGAGUCUGGAGCAAGAACGGCUCCGCCCACGAUGAUUCCCCUCGUCUUGAUUCCGCCGUCGUGCACUGGCUCCCUCUGCCGCACAUCCAGUCCUACCACUUUGUCAACAGCACCAUCGAGGGCUUUGAGGAAUCGCUAGCUGAGCAAGAAGAGCUCAGUUGGUUUUCCGCCAAGGAUGAUGCUUUCCUUGCAAGUCCCGGGCGGCCGGGCUCGUCUUCGUCCUCGCUCUCCGGGUAUAGCCAGGGUGGAGCCAUGGUCCCCUUUGGCAUGCAUUCGCCCAUCAUGCACGCCUCACCAUCUGCAGUGCUACUCUCACCGAGCGAAUUUCCACAGCUGGAGAAUCCUACAUACGCCCCGUUGCUGGAGUACUACAUUCAGAGAGUGUGUCCGCUGACCACGCCAAGCGUACUCUCAAAUACACCCUUCGCAUCUCUCAUUCUGCCAUUUUCCGUUCACGCAUCAUCGACAGCCCUCAACUCGGUCCUCGCUCUUUCUGCAAGACAUCUUUCAAAGUCCAAUCGAGCAUGGAAGUCAAUCGCCAUGCAACUCGAAGGAAAGGUACUUCACUCUCUUCGCCGCCGGUUGAUGACUGAAGACCCGGAACGCGUAGCCUUAGACCCCGAAGUCCCCACCAUCAUGAUGAUGCUUUGUCUCUACGAGAUUAUCAACAAGUGCGACGAGCGAUGGGUCAUUCAUCUUCACGGUGCCCGCGACUUAAUCCGCACGCGGCGUCGCCUUCUCUGCAACACUACACCCAACAACAGCAGCAACAGCAACAACGACCUCCUCAACUUCUCCGAGCGUUUCUUCGCCUUCCAGGACGUCAUUGGUCGCACUGCCUGCGGUGAAGUCCCCAUCUUCGGCGAAGAUUACUGGGACGCCAGCGACGUCACCGCUGAUGCCUGGUUGGGCUGCUCGCCCGAACUCGUCUCCGUCAUCUGCUCCAUCACCGAGCUUUCUCGCCAGCGCCGCCACCGCUGUUCUCGCUCUCGCUCCCGGUCCCGCUCAACCAACAGAAAAUACUCCUCGUCUCCUUCCUCUUCCCCCUCCUCCGUCGGAACCUUUGCAGAAAACGACCGCGACUCCUUCGCUCUCGAAGCCGCCGCCCUCGAAUCCCGCCUCAAUGACAUCCAUCAGCUCGUCCCAGAUGCCGACAACGAUGCUGCCCUGCACCGCUCCGCCGAAGCCAAGCGUCUCGCCGCCAUUGUAUACUUGUACUGCGCCCUGUACGGCGCCACGCCUGCAACGCCACUGGUCGUCACCCAUGUGCGGCAGAUCUUGCAGCUCGUGCACGAAACAGUCAGCAGCACGAGUGAUUCCAAUAUGGCCGCAACCACGACCAAUGCUGCCGGCUUGACUUGGCCUCUCUUCGUUGCAGCCGUCGAGCUCGAUCCGCUGAACGACGAGUUGUGGGUGGACGAGCGGACGGGGCAGAUGGUGUAUGGGCGUCCGUUGGUAUUACGGGCGUUCAAUCAGUUGGCGAAGGGCAGUAUAAGCAAUGUGGUGCGCACUCGAGAAGUCGUGAGUAAGGUCUGGGAGAUGCGGGAGAAGGAGAUGGUGGUGGGGAGUCCGGCGCCGAGAGAGGAGGUCGAGGGAGAUGAGGCGGAGAGGAACGAUUGGGAGAGAUGUGUUGCGCCGUUGAGCAUCAAUAUGAGCUUGGUUGGUUGA